UCUCUCUUACCGGUCAUACUCUCCACCGUCGCCGCCGCCUAUAGCCGCCGUCGCGCGGACGCCCCUCCACCGCCGCCGUCGCGCCGCCUCACUCCACCGCCGCCGUCGCGCCUCCCCCCUAAUCCACCGCCUUAAAAUAAGAUCACACAGAAAAAUGUCUAAUGCUGCAAGAUCGUUGGUUGAACACUUUAGUGAUGCAAGCUUGCCCACAGGAAAAGUGGCUACCAUCUUCAAAGGUGAUGAGUUAUCAUUUGACAGUCGAGAUUGUUAUAACCAUCUAAAAAGUGUGAGGAGAAGAAUAUAUAACGCAGGAGAUGCACAAGCUGUGUUAAACUAUUGUGCUAAACAACAAUCAUUGAAUCCAAAUUUCUUUUAUUCCAUUAAAUGUGACGAUGAAGAUCGCAUGGAAAGCUUUUUUUGGAUUGAUGCAAGGUCCAGGAAAGCUUAUGAGCUUUUUGGUGAUGUCAUCACAUUUGACACGACAUAUAAAACUAAUAAGUAUUCAAUGCCAUUUGGACCUUUUGUUGGUGUAAAUAAUCAUUUACAGUCAAUCUUGUUCGGAUGUGCUUUAUUGAAAGACGAAACAGAAGAUACUUUCAUUUGGCUAUUUAAGGAAUGGCUUCGAGGAAUGAAUGAGAAACAUCCAGGCGCCAUAAUUACUGAUCAGGACAUGUCAAUUACCAAUGCAGUAUCCAAAGUUUUCCCAAACAGCAAGCAUCGAUUUUGUAUGUGGCACAUCACAAAAAAGUUUCCAGAAAAAUUGUCUCAUGUCUAUCAGCAGCAUGCCACAUUUAAGAGCGAUCUCAAUAACUGUAUCCAUACAAAAAAGAGCACUCAAGAUUUUGAAGACAAAUGGCAACGUAUUCUUGAUAACUAUGGUCUUCAUGAGAAUGAGUGGUUGCAGUCACUUUAUUCAAUUAAAGCGUCUUGGAUACCAAUCUUUAACAGAUCCAUUUUCUUUGCUGGUAUGAACACCACUCAGCGUAGUGAAAGCAUCAAUUCAUUCUUUGAUGAUUUUGUUACAUCUGGCACAACCUUAAAGGAAUUUGUAGAAAAAUAUAAUCAAGCAGUAGAUGCUCGUUAUGAUUCAUUCAAAAAACAAGACUUUGAAUCUAGGCACAAAGAAAGGCGUUUAACAUUGAAUAUGCCAUUGGAAGAGCAUGCAGCUAAAGUUUACACGCGUGCAAUUUUCACAAAGUUUAGUGAUGUGCUUUCUCAUAAUUUUCGUCUCUCUAAGGAGAAAAUUGGAGGUGAUGGUGAGUGGGUUACCUAUCGAGUUUUUAAUAGGAAAGAGAAGGAUUAUUCUGCAACUGUGAAGAUGAAGUUGGAAAAUAAAGAAGCAAGAUGUUCUUGUCAGUAUUUUGAGUUCAUGGGAAUCCCAUGUGAGCAUAUUAUUUCUAUUUUUUUGGUUGAAAAUGUUGAGCAGAUCCCUGAACAUAUGAUUUUGCGACGCUGGAGCAAGGAAGGAAAUGAUAUAAUUAGUACAAAUAAAUACAUUUGUAAUUUUGAUGGUGAGGGACUCCUUCGCGGCUUUGAAAUACGCAUUAGAGUUUCAAAACUUAUUGAGCUUGCAGAUAGGUCCAAUGAAGCAGCUAGAUUCACUUGUAAUGGUCUUGAUUCUCUCACUGAAUCUUUAGAAAAAUUUCCAAGACAUGAUGAGAGUAUUGGUCUUGAGGAUUUUGAUUCACAUUACUUGAGUUCUCAAGCUGAAGAGUCAUCUAUGAUGAGAUUGAAUGAUCCUAACAUUUCACAAACGAAAGGUCGAAAAAGGGAGUCACACAAUAUCUCACAGGGACGUAGAAUUCAUAGUGGAAUUGAAGAAGCAUCAAAGAAUACUAAUAUUUGUGGAAAUUGCAAGAAACGAGGACAUAAUAAGCGUACAUGUAGAGAGAAAAAUUUACAUUGACUUUAGUUGUUUUUUAUUUUACUUUGAGUUACAUGACAUUUGUUACAUGAUUAUCAUUUAAUUUAUUAUUUCU